AUGUCCACACCCUCCAACCCAAACACCGGCCCCGAUCCCAGGAAUGGGAAAGAGACACAGACAGAAACAUUCACAAUCCACUACUUCGCAACAGCAUCCCAAUACACCUCCAAAAACACAGAGUCUCUCACCGCCCCACUACCACUGUCUGCUCUAUUCCCACUACUAGAAGAGCGCUACCCCGGAAUAAACGACAAAGUCCUCCGAAGCUGUGGCGUCAGCGUGGAGGGUGAGUACGUUGAUGUUGAGGUUGAUAAGGAGAUGGUUAUUCUGGGCCGCCAGGAGGUUGCUAUUAUUCCUCCUGUUAGCUCGGGUUAA